UAGCAUACAGGUGUAGUCAAUAAAUAAACCCUAUAUGCUGGUAAAAGGAAUUAAAAUUAUACAUGUUGAUUGCAAAUAUUUAGAUACAGUAUACACUCACGGUACGGUGCGAACAUGAAAUAAGGGACAUGCAUCGGAAUACAUGCGUUUCCCACCUUCCUAUGAUAUUAGAAAAGGACUAUUGUUUAAGGGUUCGGAGCUUUAUUACAACUUCAAGACUCGUACCUAUUAACUUACAAUAAGAACUGUUGUAUUAACUAAUUCCUUGACGUAAACAUGAACAUGGACUUUCAGUGAAUGAAAAUAGGACGGUUGUGAAGGAUAGCUGACGCGAUCGUCUCUCGCCUGCUCGUGACCGCACCAUCCAAACAGAUGUGUCCCGUGCUUUGUAUCCUGGCAGUCCUGCUGCCCCUCGGUCUCCUCGUCGCCCUAAACAAAUACUUCCGGUCGCGGCGACUGCCACCUGCCGACAAGGCCGUCUUCAUAACAGGCUGUGACCGUGGGUUCGGAGAGACGCUCGCCGCUCAGCUGUCCGCGGGCGGCUACCGGAUUUUUGCAGGAUGUCUGAACGCCGACAGCGAUGGUGCGCGCAAACUCCGUGUCAAUAGCAACGUCACCGUGAUCCCAGUUGACGUCACAAGCGACGAGGCUGUUCAAGCCGCUGUUGACGUCAUGAAAGUGGAGUUGGGUGAAAAGGGUUUGUGGGCGCUUGUUAACAACGCGGGGGUGGCAGUAUUUGCAGAGACGGAGUGGUGCACCAUGGCUGCCUACAACCACGUGAUCGGCGUCAAUCUCCUGGGCGCCAUCCGGGUCACGAAGGCCUGUCUGCCCCUCGUCCGUAAAACACGCGGUCGCGUCGUAAACAUCUCCAGUCUUGCAGGAAGGUUUGCCCUGCCGGGUUUCACGGCGUACUCCGCCUCCAAGUUCGGCUGUAUCGGCUUCUCGGACGCUCUUCGUCGCGAGAUGGAAAAGUUUGGGGUGCACGUCGCCUGCUUAGAGCCUAAACUAUACAGGACUGCCAUCUCGGACGGCGAGUUUCACGUGCGGACAUGCGAGCGAAUGUGGGCGGAGACGGCCGAUGACGUUAAGGUUGACUAUGGCGACACCUAUUUCCGGGCGUUCCUGGAUGCCAUGCUCAAAAACCUCAAAUACUCCAGCAGGAGGACAUACCAAGUGACUGACGACCUCGUGCACGCAGUGACGGCGGUAUACCCCUACCGCCGUUACGUGCCCUCCCUCAAGAUGCAGAUGAUCACAGACGCCUUUAUGGUGCAGCCUCAGCUCGUGCAGGACCGCGGUCUCCUCGCCACCACCGGCGUCAAGUGUACACCCUUCUCCAUGAGACAGAGAAAGGCCGUAUGACGCCGUACCGCGUUCGCCGUGUUUAGGGGAAACAAGGCGAACAGGGAAUCAGAUUUACUAAGCGUAUAACGCUGAUAUUGCUCAACAUUCGGAAACCUUGUCCAGCUAUCGGAACUACAAAGUGUGGCAUUGUUUCCUGAUACGAUACAAAUCUUCUCAAUCUUAGCGUAUUUGCUCACUGCCAAAUAGUGUUCAUUUCUGUUGGCAAAACAUUGGUGAUCAAAUGUCGCCUGUCACCUAGUAUUUCUAUAUAUAUAUAUAUAUAUAUAUAUAUAUAUGGAUAUCUCGCACUUCAUAGACACGCAAUUUUAUCAAGGAAAUGACGACAGACGUAACAGGCAAUAAGGUGUUUCAAGUAGGUAAAUAAUUUCACAGUAUUCGCAUAUGAAUUUUCAAUUGAUGUGUGCAUUUCUUAUGGAGAGGCCGUGUAUAAGUCGGCCAUACACGAGUUUGAAGGUCAUUUAACAGGUCUGUGUGGAUUUUUACAUAAAAAGCAUUGCGAAUACAAGAUGCUAAAAUUACUCCUGAAAAUGCUUACACAAAUGUGUUGAAAGAUUCCUCAGGGUCGGGAUUAUCAUAAAGCGGUAAAUUAGGCUUCCAGUUCAUGUAGUGAUCAGUGAGGUGCUGGACACGUAGUGACCCAUACAUAUACUGAUAUGUAAGAAUAUCGGUCUGGAGGAAAUUAAGCAGUACAGAGAAGCAGAGGAUGGCGGCUAGCGAAAUGCAAUGAGGGUGUAUAACAUAUGAUAGAUUGACGUGAUGCAAUUCAGUUUUGAUAAUAAAGUUCUUUA